CCUAGGGAUGGUGUGCAUGGCUUGGUGCCAAGCUGCUUAGAAGUGAGACAGCAGUGGGAACAUCAACAUCCACAGCUGCUGUUGCAAAUCAGAAAGGGGAGUGUACACCACUGGAGGCACCAUGCGUGAAUGCAUCUCCAUUCAUGUUGGCCAAGCUGGGGUUCAGAUUGGCAACGCAUGUUGGGAACUCUUCUGCCUGGAGCAUGGAAUUGAGCCAGAUGGAACCUUCAAGGAAGAUACCAUAAGUAUUUGCGAUGACUCCUUUGCUACAUUCUUCAGAGAAACAGGCACCGGGAAGCAUGUGCCACGGGCUAUCAUGGUGGAUUUGGAGCAAACUGUAGUUGAUGAGGUGCGGGCUGGAGCUUACCGUCAGCUUUUCCAUCCAGAACAGCUCAUCACUGGCAAGGAAGAUGCUGCCAAUAACUAUGCCCGUGGUCACUACACCAUUGGGAAAGACAGGAUUGAGAUAGCAUUGGAUCGCAUUCGAAAACUGGCUGACACUUGUUCUGGUCUACAAGGGUUCCUGAUUUUUCACAGCUUUGGUGGAGGCACGGGCUCUGGCUUUACCUCCUUGCUGAUGGAACGCCUUUCUGUGGACUAUGGCAAGAAGUCCAAACUGGAGUUUGCCAUCUAUCCAGCCCCACAGGUUUCCACAGCAGUGGUGGAGCCCUACAAUUCUAUCCUGACCACCCACACCACUCUGGAGCACUCUGACUGUGCCUUCAUGGUGGACAAUGAGGCCAUCUAUGACAUCUGUCGUCGUAACCUGGACAUUGAGCGCCCCACUUACACCAACCUCAACCGCCUCAUCAGCCAGAUCGUCUCCUCCAUCACUGCUUCCUUGCGCUUUGAUGGUGCCCUGAAUGUGGACCUGACAGAGUUCCAGACCAACCUGGUGCCCUACCCUCGCAUCCACUUCCCAUUGGUGACCUAUGCUCCCAUCAUCUCCUCCGAGAGGGCUUACCAUGAGCAGCUUUCUGUGGCUGAGAUCACCAGCUCUUGCUUUGAGCCCAACAACCAGAUGGUGAAAUGUGACCCUCGUCAUGGGAAGUACAUGGCCUGCUGUAUGCUCUACCGUGGUGAUGUGGUGCCCAAAGACGUCAACGUAGCGAUUGCUGCCAUCAAGACUAAGAGAGCAAUCCAGUUUGUGGACUGGUGCCCAACUGGUUUUAAGGUUGGCAUCAAUUACCAACCUCCUACUGCAACUCCUGGGGGAGACCUGGCCCAAGUCCAGCGUGCCGUCUGCAUGUUGAGCAAUACCACAGCCAUUGCUGAAGCCUGGGCGAGGCUCAACCACAAGUUUGAUCUCAUGUUUGCCAAGAGAGCCUUUGUGCAUUGGUAUGUUGGUGAAGGCAUGGAAGAAGGGGAGUUUGUCGAAGCUCGAGAGGACCUGUCUGCGCUGGAGAAGGACUAUGAGGAAGUGGCAACUGACUCCUUUGAUUCGAUCCUUGACAGCGAGGCUGUUUAACAGUUUGCUCCUCUCUGUAAA